GCCAUAACAUCUCCAAUAUUGACAGGCCGUUCGGUAUAGAUGUCUUGUCUUCUCAAAGACCUGACCACCUGCUACACACUCAACCACAAUGAGGCUACUUAGCUCCUCCUCCUUCCCCCUCCUCCUCGCCAUAACAUCGCCCCUCCUCCUCCUCCUGUUCUCACCACAAGCAGCCCAAGCCCAAAGUCAAAAAGUCAGCCCAGAUGGCCGCCGCUCCGAAGGUAUAACAUGUCACCGGUCCUCCUUCGGCGACUGCUGUUCUGCCUCGGGCUGGUGCGGCUCUACGCCCGACCACUGCGGCGUCGGGUGUAACCCGCCGCUUUACGGUCUCUGUUCAGGUUCAGGUUCAAGUCUACCGGGGUCCGGGAUAUCAUCAUCAUCAUCAUCCGGCCAGACGGGCCCUGCGCAAACAUUGACGACGACACUGACCACCGUCAUCACACUCGUUACGUUGAUUACCUCGACAACAAACGUCUACCAAUACGGUCGUCACGACUGCAACCACAACCAGCACCAACACCGCCCAGAUAACGGCCACGAUUACCGCCACAGAGACAACAACACAACGACCAAAACUCGGACACAAACCCAAACCUCUUUACUCCCCGGUGUCACCGUUCCUCCGACAACAUUCACUGUCUCCAAGACCAUCAAAGCAACAGCACCCGGCAGCAUCAUCACCACCACCACUACCACGACCGCUACCGCCCCAGCCAGCACCGUGACCCUAGUCCUUACGACAACCGUCACCCAAAGAUGGGGAGGAGGGGGAGGUGGGAGACCAACGUGGACUAUUACCCAGACACAGACGCAAACCCAGACGCAGACGGUGACGAGUAUCAGCAUUAGCACAACCACGAGGGUUAACACCUCCACGGCUACGGUAACGAGGGUGGUGGCGAUGGUGGUGGUGAUGAUGAGGUUGGCCGACCGAUGGACCAGGCUGGCGGGGGACAAGAACAAACUGGAGUUGUAGGGGGAGAUGGAGGACUACCGUUACAAAGACGGUUACAGUUACGAGAGGUGGUUGAAGAGGGUGGGAUGGAUGAUUUGGGUGCUGAGAUGAGGAAACUUUGUAAUGGAGAAGGAGGUAUGAAUGGCACUGGGCUGGAUUUUGAGAAGUUCUGCUGAAGAGAUGUUCAUCGGUCCAUGUCGUUAGAUGACGAAGAACUGAAACUAGGAGAAGGAAGAGGCAGAUUGCCAGUGAAGAAGUUGCUGUAUUAAUGGUAAUUGAAGACUUCGCUGAAUCAACCGUGUACCGGAACCGAAGCUAUGGAUAGCGUCCUAAAGAACAAAGCAUAACACAAAUAGCGUAUACACAAACCGCUAAGCCUCA